AUCGAAGGUUAGACUAUGAUAUACUACGCAGCGCAUGGAAAAGGCGAACUGAGAUUUUAUUGAAUAGAGCAGGGAAAGAACGAAUCGAGAUAGCGGAGCAAAAUAUACGCGCACGCCACUGGAAAAAAUAAGUUCAGAGUCCAAUAUCGAAAUGACCCCGCCAACAACGACACCAGACCAGGUCAAAGACCCCCGCCGCAUCCUCCUUCUCGCCCCCUCUAACGCAGCCGCCAGCACAUUCCUCAAAGACCUAACAGGCACCCCCGCACCACCCCCCAGCGCAGAAACGGGGAGCCUCGCAGGUUCAUCCCACGUGCUCAGCCUCCAGACCACAUAUUACGCAGCAGACGUCCAUAUAUGGAUUGACAUCAUCAAUCCUGAUGGGAUCAAGGGGUGGGCGGACGCGUUUUGUGAGGAAGAGGCGGCAGAGGUCCUUGCCGCGGUUGGAGGGUACGUAGUUCUCCUUAACCGUGGGAAAGGAAGGGCAGGAUGGGAUGAGUUAGAGAGGGUAUUGAGGGAAGUAGAUAGGGUGGUCAGUGUUUCUGAAGGGAACGAGUGGGAGGUUGUUCGUCUCGGUGUUCUCCUUGGUGCCACCGCUGGGGAAGACGACGAGGGCUGGGUUGAAGGCUGGGAAGUCGUUGAUGGAGCUGCAACGGGGAAGAAUGAGUUUGGCGAGGUCGUUGGGGUGGAGAGGGUCAGAGAGGCACUGGAGGCUAAUGAAUGGGUUGGUGGAGACGGAAGGCUGGAGGAAUUGGAGGAGCUGGGCUUUGGAGGGGAUGUAGGGGGGGGCUUUGAGAUUGGAGAGGAGGACGUGGAGGGGAUGACGAGGCCGAUUUUUGGGAAGGAUGAGGGGGAGGAGGAGGAGAGUGUUGAGGGGAUGGAGGCGUUGAUGUUGAAGAUGCAGGCGAUGCGAGAUUUAGGUGCUGAUAUGCCGGAAGCGGAGAGGAAGAAGUUUGCUGCUAAGGCUGUUAGGGAUUUAAUGAAGACGUUAUGAUGCAUAAUUCUGUUUUGCUGAUUUCCGAGAACUUUGAUCGUCUUAUUCUUGGAAUGGCAGGGCUAUGAACUCGGAACCUUGCCAGUACUGAAGGGAGGGAAGGAACGAUGCUGUCCAAAAACUGAAAAGGCGGAAAGGAACGAUGCUGCCCAAAAACCGAAAAGAGGGGAAGGAACGACCCAGCCUUCAAAAUAAUAACAUGGGAAGGUGCAUCGAUUGCUCCUUUCUUGACAAGCGUUCUUUCCCCUACCCAACACAUGUCCACACACACAUACCA